AUGCCUGUCGACACGGCAUGGUCCAGACCUUGGUCGAGAUGCGAUGAAGCGGAGAACUGUAAGCCUUCUUCUAGCCCUUAUUCUGCUAAAUAUGCUCUUACAACAACAAAUAAAGUUCUUGAUGUUUAUGGUUCGAAUGGAGUAAGAGGAUACAACAUCGGGUGUUCCUAUCAGAAGACUGUUGAUGCCAGCUCUAUCUCCGUCAAGGCACACUCCAACCAUCAUCACUUCAUUGUCAACUCAUUUCAUGGACAUGCCCACAACCGCUGUUGUCAACUUCAGUUCCAUCCCUUAUAUCAACAUGGCCUUGGCCUCGAGGACCUUGAAAUGUGCGAGUGCAUAUGCUCUGCAUCAAAUGCCAUAGCUCCUGUCAUCCACCACACAUCUUACUUUCACUGGCUUCAAUUUAUCAACCUCCACUUUCAGCAGUGGGAUUCUGAUUGGUACCUGGAGCUAAGUAAAUUUUUGUAUAAUAACUACAAGCAAGCACUUGCCAUAAUCGAUGACCUAAGUCCGGCCAUCAAGGAACUAAAAUUAGCACUGAAUAUCUUGGAUGAAGACUUCGAGCACUGGAAUAUGGAGGAGUUUGAAUUUCUGGAGACCCUGACAGAGGAAACAGAUGAGUACGUUGAGGUGAUGACUUUUGUGGAAGCAUUACAAUCACUUGCCAAAGCUGAGUAA